AUGCCACAAGCGAAUGACCUCCAAGCAAAUCUCAUCUGCAAUGGGACACCUUUAGCUGAGUAUCCCGUUCCUUCGGCAGCACCAAACACGGUCUUCUGCGAAUCCACACCGGGCCAGACGUUCCAUGUCAAGCUCUCGGGAUCAAGGGCUCUUUUUGAUCGCGUAGUAUAUCUAUACUGUGACGGUGUCUUGAUGGAUAGCUAUGCCAUCCAUCGUCAUCAACUUCCAGCAAUCACCUUUCAUGGUAUCUAUUUACAAAACGAUUUCACUAAAAUAAUGCCAUUCAAGUUUUCGAAAAUCGAGCUUUGCGAAGAAGAUAAUAGUCAUCCAGAGGAAAUCAUUAAAAACUUAGGAACUGUAUCUUUAGAAUUAGUUCAUUGUACCUUGGGUCAUACUCUACCAUGUUAUCAGUCCUUUAUUCCUUCCGUCGCAUCAAAGGAUAAAUUUUCUGAAAGAAACAAAAAAGCGAGUAUAUUCCACAUACCGUCGG